AUGGUGCGGGGCGGAUACGCUGAAAGCUCGGCCGGCUACGGAGGCGACCUGCAGGCAGAGGCCCAAGCCUGGGUGGAGCAAGUGACGGGGGAGCCUCUCGAGGGAGACUUUGCGGACGGCCUGCGCGAUGGCGUCCGUCUCUGCAAGCUCCUGAACACCAUCAAGCCUUCGAGCGUGCGCAGGGUCAACCCGUUCAAAGAAGGCCAAAAGUUCAAGCAGAUGGAGAACAUCAGCAACUUCAUCCGUGGGUGUAGAGCGAUUGGAGUGCCGGAGUACUCUCUUUUCGAAACGGUGGACCUUUACGAAGGGAAGGAUGUGGGCCUCGUGGUGAAAUGUUUGAUGGAGAACGUGUCCAACUUCUUGAAAGCUUGCAGGGCCGUCGGCGUAGCGGAGCACUCUCUGUUCGAAACCGUCGACCUCUACGAAGGCAAAGAUCUCGGGCUCGUCGUCCGAUGCCUGCACGCUCUGGGGCAAACGGUUCAGAACAGCUGUCCGGAGUACAAUGGGCCUCGCCUUGGCAUCAAGCAGACGGAGGCCAACAAGCGCGAGUGGACCGAGGAGCAGCAGCAACAGCAGCUGCGGAACAGCUCGGGGGCCAUGUCCAACCUGCUUGCGGGGUCGAGCAAGACCAUGGAGCGCGCGACGGUUAUCAAGACGGGGGCGACCUUCGGGGCGGCGCAGUCGGGGACCGGGGACCGUGCGGGGACCAGCGGCUGGACCAUGGGCAGUGCAAACACGAUGGACCGUUCCCACAUCGCGAAGAGCGGCCCGACCUUCGGCGCGGAGUACGCGGGGGCCUCGGGGGACAAGACGGGCGCAUCGUCGCGGUUCACCGCCGGGCACCGCUACUAAACGGUCCGUUCCAUUGUGGAAGGCGGUGCACCACCGCCGUUUACCGCUUCUCAUCGGUUCGUCAAUUGUGGAAAGCGGUUUACCACCGCCGGUCAUCGCUGCUAAACGAUUCGUUUUGUUGUGCAAGGCGGUUUGCGCCGCUUGUAAAACGUUUUUUUUUAGUUGUGGAAGGCGGUUUACGACCGCCGGCACGACUGCUACGCGUUUCGUCAAUUUGCGGAAGGCGUUUUUGCCGCCGCCGGGCACCGCUUCUGAACGUCUUGAUAAUUGUGGAGGGAAGGGAAUUUUCUCACGGCGCAGCCUCUCUGCUUGUCUCGUGUGUUGCUGCUGCAGUUGCGGUACCGGCCGCCGGCCCCACCGUCGACCAUGGCACGGAUAAUAAUCAAACACCUUAGGGCUGUUGUUUUUGUUCCUGCUAGCACUGCGGUUGUGGACCGGUGGUGUGCGGGUGAGCCGUCAGCAGGACGUCGCCGGGGGAGUAGGGCGGGGGGGCGAAGGGGUUUAGAAGCACUCCGAUUGUGUGUUGACGUGGCCGCGAUGCGAUGAGCCUGAUGUUUUGGCUACUACGGCUUUGCUUUGGGGUGCGCGCAGGCAAGCAAGGAGGGUCUUGACCUCCUCUCCCCCCCUUUGCUCCGACCAGCGCGUGUUGUUUAUUUUAGCAUGUAUGUAUGUGGUAGUUUCGUCGUAAGCUCUUUGGGCUGUUCUGCUACUGUUAUUUGUCAUUGUCGUAGUUGUUAUUCUCUUAAACAAUAAGUCGUACGCGUUGUGACCUCUUUCCAACGCUGGGUUAGUUCCCAUUCACCACUCGGGGUAGCCAUUGAUGUGUGUUUGUGACGUUGUAUACGGUGAUUUUCGCUUCUCGUUGUCCAUGUUUCCCAUGAGUGGUCGCAGCAGUUUUGUGCUUGUAGCGCCUCUGUCGGCCAGAAUAAACAUAUCCAUAGUUCGUA